UACCUCCUAUAUGGCCCAUGUACUGCACCCGUGACUUCGACGAUGAAAGGGUUUUAAUACUACAUCAGCGAGCCAGACACUUCAAGUGCGGCAAUUGUCAAAAGAAGCUUUAUACAGGCCCAGGGUUAGCCUUCCAUUGUUUGCAGGUUCAUAAGGAAAUAAUCUACACAGUACCAAAUGCCCUCGAAAAAAAAAACUACAUAACAUUUGAGAUAUACGGAAUGAAUGGUAUACCCUCUGAAGAAGAGGUGGAGGUAGCCGCUAAACAGCUUAAAAAUGUAAUGGCUGCAGUCAGCUCCUCUGGCGCUAUGCAGCCAGUCAGCAAUCCACUCUUCCCAUCUGCAGCACAGGCUACGAUUGUUCACCUCCCAGUUGACAGACUUCAGAAGAGAGAUUUAACAUGGCCUGAUCAUGGCUCGUAUCAACCUGCUGCUGCUGGUGGCCCAGGACCUAGGGGAGAAUUUUCACCUACUCGCUCUCUACCUAUGUUAGAUGAGUGGCAACUGCCCAAAAGAUAUAGAGAGAGGAUUUCUGAAGAAAGCGAGUAUAUAAAUCCUCCAGGUCGGGCACCAGAACGGAUGUGGCAGAGCGGAUGGUCUGGCAGAAGUGCACGUCUGCUGGGAAGACAGGUCGAGCAGGAGGAUAAUUUUGACAGAUCACAAGGGCUGACAGAGUAUAUUUUGCAUAACAUGCCUACUGAGCCUGAUCCAUCAGAAGAACAGGCUUGGCAAAACAUGCCUGACAGAACCCAUCCAGCAGAAGAUUGGAUCAGGCAGGAUACCUCUGACAGAACACGUCUAGCAGAAGAACAGAUUGGGCAGAACAUGUAUGGCAAACGAAGACGUCUGGAAGAACACUGGAUGAGGCCAGAUACUUCUGGCAGAACACACAUGGCAGGAGAUUGGGUCAGGCCAGACACUUCAAGUAGAACACGUAUGAGAGAAGACUGGGUCAGGCCAGACACUUCUGGCAGGACACCUAUGAGAGAAGACUGGAUCAGACCAGACACUUCUGGCAGAACACACACAAGAGAAUGGAUCAGGCCCAACACCUCUGAUAGAACAUACAUGAGAGAAGAUUGGAUCAGUCCUGACAUCUCUGAUAGUACACACAUGAGAGAAGAUUGGAUCAGUCCUGACACCUCUGACAGUACACACAUGAGAGAAGACUGGAUCAGGCGUGACAUUUCUCGCAGAACACAAACAGAAGAAGACUGGAUCAGGCCUGGCACUUCUGAUGGAACACACAUGGAAGAAGACUGGAUCAGGCCCAACACUUCUGACAGACAAACAAGUCUGCCAGAAGAUUGGGCGAGGCAGAACCCCUCUGACAGAGGAAUAAGCCAGGCAAAAAGAUGGAAUAGGCAGAACAUUGCUGACAGAAUACAUCUGGCAGACGAACAGGGCAGGCAGAGCAUGGUCAAGGGAACACAUCUGCCACAUGGAAUGCAUCUCACAGAACAGGUCUGGCAGAACAUAUCAGAGAAAAUACGUCUGGCAAAAGAACAAGUCAAGCAAGAUAUGGCUGACAGAAUAAAUCAUGAAGAGCAGGUUUGGUCAGACAGAACAGCUCCAGCAGAAGAACAGGUUGGGUAUAACAUGUAUGGCAGAAGAACAGGUCUAGCAGAACAGGUCAAGCAGAACAUGUUUGAUAGGCAAAAUCUGACAGAACAACAGGGCUGGCAGACAAUGUCUGACAGACUAGAUCAUGCAGAAUGGCAGGACUUGCCUGGUGGGAGGGAUUUUCUGGCAGAACAGUCCUGGCAGGAGAACAGUUCUGGCAGAACACAUCUUUUACAAGAACGGGUUUGGGAAGCUAUCUGGUCUAGCAUAAAUGAAGGGCUGGUCGGAGAAGAGGCUCAGCAGAUGAGCAGAUCAGGCAAAAUGCAUCUGGCACAACAGAUCUGGCAAGAAGUCUGGUAUAGCAUGGAGGGUCUGGCAGAAGAAGAAUCCUGGCAAGACACUUCCGAAGAACACUUUUUGCAGCACAGGCCAGGGCAACGAGCAUUCCAGGCAGGAGCACAGGGCAGGCAGAAUAACAGGUUUAACAGGAAGCCAUAUUUUUCAGGAGGGCAGAUUAGGCAGAACAAACCUAUGAAAAAUGCUUCUCUCCGGUGACGAAUAUUAUUGCAGUCUGAAGGGCCACCCCAACUCUCUGUAACAAGCCCAACCUUCAGGAGUCGUGGAAGAUAAUAAUACACAAAAUCUUGGCAAUAAUGGGCAAGGAAUGAUAAUUUUCUUUGGGGAAUGGAAAAGGGUACAGGUGUUAAAAUUUCCCACCUAAGCCUCUGCAGAGCCAAAUGACACAAAGCUGACAAGUAGUGAAACAGACACAAUUGAACAGAAGGAACUUUAUUGAAGCAUUUCACCAGCAGAACAGACUUCUUCAAUCACUUACCGAUUGAAGAAUCCUGUUCCAUGGGGAAAACAUCUCGAUAUAAAUAAUUUUGAGCCCUAAACCCACGUGGGUCAUUCAGCCCAAGUCAUGGUGGAGGCUUGAUCCUCCGUCUGCUGAGUUCAUCUCUACAGAGCCAAGUGCACACAACCUACACGAUUCGGUAACCAGCUCUAAAAUAGCCAUAAAUUGGGAGGAAAUGUGAUUGAUGCUCUAACAGAUGAGCACAGUGGACAAGUGUGAGGACAAGUGUCCUAGAGAGAGUGUGAAGAAAAUUUGUUUGUUGAAACAGCAAGACAUCCACACACCAAGGCCAGUGCAGAUGUCUGAUGCAGCAGCUGCUGGUGUAUUUUCUAGUUUUCUUUAGUUGCUUCAUUAUGUACCUCUGUUUUAACUACUGCCCACAAAAUAGAUAUACGAGGUGCAUAAUUCUUCUAAAUAAAUAAAUAUGUUCGAUUAUUACAUUUGGCUGUGUGUUUAGAUUGACAUGUGUUGGUAGUUGGGAAAAUUUGGAUACCUGUAGACAAAAAGAUGUUUGUUGUGAUUAAUAUUUAUCACUACAAAGGUUUUACACAGAAUAGGAUAACCCAAAAUUGGUAGGAAAUUGCAACAAUUAUGUUUGGUCUACCAGAUAACAUUACAAGUAUGUGGUACUUUUAACUGAAGUCAUUUUUAUUUUUAAAAAUUUUAUCAAAUAAAUACAUUGCCUCAAAUUAUGAAUAAUUAUGCCAUUUGGGCUUUUUUUUUCUGAUUCUCAAUCUGAAUAAAAUGUGAUGGUGCA